AUGUCUGCUUCCCUCCCAGGCCACCGGGCGCUUCCCGAGUCGCAGCACGACCUCAGCACAUACUGGGGACGUGUUAGGCAUACAGCAGGUAUUACGGAUCCGAGGACCCUCUUCGUCGGCAGCGCCGGCCUGGAACAGGCGAAGAAUGCCUUGGUAGCAUACAAGCAAGGACACAUACAAUCAAUGACUCCUGAGCUAUGGCGGGCCAAGAAGAUCGUCGACUCGACACUGCACCCAGACACGGGCGAGCCAGUCUUCCUCCCCUUCCGCAUGUCCUGCUUCGUGUUGUCCAACCUGGUUGUGACAGCAGGCAUGCUGACCCCUGGCUUGGGUAACCGGGGAACCGUAGCCUGGCAGGUAGCCAACCAGUCCCUCAACGUCGCCAUCAACUACUCCAACUCGAACAAAUCCUCGCCGCUCUCCUGGUCCAAGAUUGCCCAGUCCUACUUCCUCGCCGUCACCGCGUCCUGCUCCGUCGCCGUCGGCCUCAACAGCCUCGUCCCCCGCCUCAAGAGCCUCUCCCCCUCGACCCGCCUCAUCCUCAGCCGUCUCGUCCCCUUCGCCGCCGUUGCCAGCGCAGGCGCGCUCAACGUCUUCCUCAUGCGCCGCGAGGAGAUGCGCACGGGCAUCGACGUCUUCCCAGCCAAGGCCAAGACCAGCUCUGUCCCUACUCCAGCAACCUCAGAAAAGCUCCAGGCCGGCGGCGCGGGCGGUGAUGCCGAACUGUCAGACGGAGACGGAGCAGCGGCGGAGAAGAGCUUGGGCAAGAGCAAGAAGGCGGCGACGCUGGCGGUCGCCGAGACGGCCGCGAGCCGCGUGUUCAACAGCUCGCCCAUCAUGGUUAUUCCGCCGCUGGUGCUGAUGCGCCUGCAGAGGGCCGAGUGGCUCAAGAGGAAUCCACGCUGGACCACUCCGGUCAAUCUCGGGUUGAUCCUGUUGACCAGCUAUGCGGCGCUGCCUCUGGCGCUCGCUGCGUUCCCGCAAAGGCAGAGGGUCAGGGCCGAGACCUUGGAGGAGGAAUUCCAUGGGCGUGGGGGAGAUGGGGGUUUGGUAGAGUUUAAUAGGGGGAUUUGA